AGAAUUGCUUAAAAUUCAUAGGAAAGAAAACAAAAUCAUAAUUAUGCAGUUCACAGGUAAGAACUUAAUAUAAUAAUAAUAAAUAAAUAAUUAAAUAAAGACUUGUAACCCUAUGGUAUUUCCUAAUGUAUGGAAGGUGAGGGUUUAAAUCACCUCAGGGACAAAUAAGGUGUGUAUUUCCUGUCAAGAAAAAUAAUAAUAAAAGGACAAGAGAAAAGAUGAAAUACAUCAUCCUAAUGAUAGGAUGAAGUAAAUGAAGUCCCUUACAACCUUGUCCUUAACAACAUGAUUAUCCAAAAGUAAAUAAUUAAAAAUAAAACCCCAAAGAUUCUGCUUGGAAUAUUGUAAAUACCAAAGAGGUUAAGCCUCGGAGUCAUCCCUUGCAUGCUCCUACUCUUUUGUCUUGCUAAGUGAAUUUUCGAAAAUGACAUUGCUUUUACUAAUUCCUUCACUAUGUAAUGUUUUUUUUAUAGGUAAAACUUCACCAUGUAAUGUUGCUAAGAGGCAAUUAAGUGAAGCCAAGGCAAGGCAAUUGUAUUGUUUGUAAGCUGGAAGGAAUUGUUGAUUUUAUUUAGGAAAGAAUUGUCAUCACACGACAGAACACAAAUAAAACAUGGCAUUUGAGCAGGGAAAGGCAAAAUGGUGCGGUUCAGUUGGAGGUAUUGUAGAUGCACCCAUAGACAAAGUCUGGGCCAUGGUGUCUCAAACUACUAGACUACCAGAGUGGAUGCCAAUGGUUGAAAGAUGCACUGACUUAGCUGGAAGUGAAGGCGUUCCGGGCUAUGUUAGGCUAGUUUCUGGUUUCAUGUUCCCUCAAGAAGAUGGAGAAAGGUCAUGGAUCAAAGAAAGGCUAGUUUCCAUGGACCCAAUGUCACAUACUUAUGUUUACAAAAUGGAAGCAAGCAAUGUAGGAUUAGAUGGUUCUGCAAAUUCAUUGAAGCUUGUAGACUAUGGAGAUGAUUCGACACUAGUUAACUGGUCUUUCGAGAUCAAUCCUCUAGAAGGUGCCUGUGAAGACAGCAUUAUAGAUUAUUUGGGAUUUCUCUACAAAUCUUGUAUCAACAGGAUUGGGGGUGCCCUAGAAAUUUCAGCCAGAAAGGCCUAGUAGUUUCGUACAUGAAAAUGCUACAUAUGUUUGCAAAAUGUGAAGAAUGCUAUGCAUUGACACCAAUGAUAAAGAAAACAUUUGUAUGUGCAUUUAAUCCAGAAAGAGCCAGAUAUUUGCAUACAAGUUUAAU